AUGCCCUAUACGCCAUCUGGUUUUUUUUGCGACCGGUUAAUCCGUGAAAGAGAGAGAAGAGAUGGCGAAGGAUCCCUGAGCAAACCCAUUCGUUUCAGUGGCCAGGACUACAACACCCUCAAGCAGGAGUAUCUCCAGAAGAAGGCCCUUUUUGAGGAUGAAUCCUUCCCUGCCACUGUGGACUCCCUUGGCUUCAAAGAGCUGGGCCACAAGUCCAACAAAGUCAAGAACAUUGUCUGGAAGCGUCCCAAGGAGAUAUGUGAUAACCCACAGUUCAUUGUCGGAGGCGCUAGCAGGACCGAUAUCUGCCAGGGAGACCUGGGAGACUGCUGGUUGCUUGCAGCCAUUGCAUCCUUGACUCUGAACGACAAGCUGCUAUAUCGUAUUGUACCUCAAGAGCAGGGCUUCUCUGAAGGCUAUGCUGGAAUUUUCCAUUUCCAGUUCUGGCAUUAUGGCGACUGGGUGGAUGUCGUUGUCGAUGACCGCAUUCCCACCUUCAACAACCAGCUGGUGUUCACCAAAUCAGCUGAAAGAAAUGAAUUCUGGAGUGCUCUGCUGGAAAAAGCUUAUGCUAAGCUUCAUGGUUCCUAUGAGGCUCUUAAAGGUGGAAACACUGCUGAGGCAAUGGAGGACUUCACCGGUGGAGUGACUGAAUUCUAUGAGAUGAAGGAGGCCCCUAAAGAGCUGUAUAAGAUCAUGAAGAAAGCUCUGUUGAGAGGCUCCCUCAUGGGCUGCUCCAUUGAUUCCCUGGUUCCAGCCCGCUUUGAAACUCGUACUACAACAGGACUUGUGAAGGGUCAUGCCUACUCUGUUACUGCUGUAGAUGAGUGUAAACAGUCCCAGCAGAAGGAGUCUAAAGUUCGUCUGGUGCGUCUGCGUAACCCUUGGGGUCAGGUAGAAUGGAAUGGACCUUGGAGCGAUAAUUCAAAAGAGUGGGAAACCCUCUCUAAAGGGGAAAAAGAGAAACUUCAGCAACAGAAUGCUGAAGAUGGAGAGUUCUGGAUGUCAUUCGAGGAUUUUAAGAAAAAUUACACUAAAAUUGAAAUUUGCAACCUGACCCCUGAUGCUCUGGAGGACGAUAAAUUACACAAAUGGACAGUGUCUGUUAAUGAAGGACGCUGGGUAAGAGGAUGCUCCGCUGGAGGAUGCAGGAAUUAUCCAGACACAUUCUGGACAAAUCCACAAUACCGCCUGCGUCUCUUGGAGGAAGAUGAUGACCCGGAGGAUGAUGAAGUGGCUUGCACUUUUGUUGUUGCUCUGAUGCAGAAAAACAGGCGUAGAGAACGCAAGAUGGGUGCAAAUCUCUUCACUAUUGGAUUUUCCAUCUACGAGGUUCCAAAGGAGAUGCACGGAAACAAGCAGCCCAUGCAGAAGGAGUUCUUCAUGUCUAGCGCCUCUAAGGCUCGUUCCAGGGCCUACAUUAACCUGCGCGAGGUGACCCAGCGUUUCCGCCUGAGCCCUGGGGAGUAUGUCAUCAUUCCCUCCACCUACGAGCCCCACCAGGAAGGCGAGUUCAUCCUCCGCGUCUUCUCUGAAAAGAGAAAUACCUCUGAGGAGAUAGAGAACAGGAUUGAAGCUGAUCAUCCAGUGCCGGCUCCGGCUUCGACUGGGGAAGAGAGCGAGGAGGACCAGCAGUUCCUGUCUAUUUUCCAGCAGAUCGCGGGGGACGUGAGUACUGGGGAGCCACUGAGCGCUGGGGGGAGUCAAAUGGAGAUCUCAGCCAAUGAACUCAAAGAUGUCUUGAACAAGGUGGUGUCUAAACACAAGGACGUACAUACUGAGGACUUCAGUCGAGAGAGCUGUAGAAGCAUGAUUGCCCUCAUGGAUAUGGAUGGAAAAGGAAGAAUUAAUCUACAAGAGUUUAGACACUUGUGGAACAAAAUCAAACAGUGGCAGGGAAUCUUUAAGCGCUAUGACUUUGAUAACACUGGCACUAUCAGCAGCUACGAGAUGAGAAACGCCAUCAAUGAUGCAGGGUUCCGUCUGAAUAACCAGCUCUAUGACAUCAUCACCAUGCGCUACGCCAAUGAAAACAUGAAUGUCGACUUUGACAGUUUUGUCAGCUGCCUUGUGCGACUGGAGGGGAUGUUCAGAGCAUUCCAGGCCUUUGAUCAAGGUGGAGAUGGCACCAUCAGACUUAAUGUACUGGAGUGGCUUCAGCUAACCAUGUACGCAUAGACCAGCUACGGAUCCAGGUGAGCCCGGACUCGGCAAGGACCAGAACUACCAGCUCUUACCUCAACACUCAAUGUGCCAGACUACUGUUACCUCUUUCUCUGUACCUCAGCCCACACUGAACACCAGCUCUGGAAACUUCACACAUAAUUACUCCUCCUCUUCAUUUCAGUCUUAUAUGGGAUGGCAAGAAAGGUGAAAUGAGUAUUAGUGUUACAGACCAACAUUUUUUUUUUUUAGUCAGAUUGCAUAGGAAAUAUUUUAGGGGGCGUAGCGACUUUUGAAGCAUGUCGUAGUUGCUGGUUUUAUGUUGUAAUUCAUUCCUCAGAAUAACUUUUCUCAUGAACUUCAUUCAGUUUGUCUACACUGGUGUUAUAGGCAGCAUUUCUCUUUUACCUCAACUAGCCUCAAAAGAUGCUAAUGUUUCAGAUUUCCUUUUGCAAUAUGCUGAUGGACCUGAUAUAUAAUUGAUUAUCUGAUAUUACAUAGAACUAUAACAAAAAAGAAAGAUUCAAAUUUAACUCUUGACAGUAUUGCACACUUCUUAUUACAUUUUACACACGAUGCCUUACAAUGAUGAGAAAAACUUCAUGAAAUCUGGUCUGACCAUUCACACUGAAACACAAUCCAGAUUCGUUUCUGAUUUCACACCACAUAUUUCUUUCCAUCUUUACCCAGAUAUGCACUACAUACAUCCCAGCCUCCCAUUUUGAUUUGGUAAUAGCAAAAUCCAUUAAAAAAAUCUUGCAUGAGGACCAUGUAGGUGGUCCUUGUUGUUUCAAAUCCUGGUUGUUUGUGAGACAUUUAUGUUUGUAAGUUAACAUGAAGAACCAGGUAAGGAAAAGAAUAUCAAAAACUACUAGAGGAGCAUCAUUGGCAAACAUCUCAGAUUUCAUGAUGGAUGGCAACAUUCAGGGUAUUUAUUUCAUUACUGUGGGUGUAGAUAUGGGUCGAACCUAGGCUUUUUUUUUUUUUUUUUUUGUGCUUGACCCACAUUUAACCUUUUGUUCAAAUGAGUGUACUGACUUCAGCCGUUUAACAAAAUAAAUGUGUAGUUCUUGGUUGAAGUGCUUUCCCAGGAGGAAAAAAAAGCCUAAUUAUUUAAAAAUAAAAUAAAUGGAGAAUUGUUUUCUUCUUUUUAAAAGGGUCUGUAAAACAAACAUAUAUAUUCCAGAAAUAAUUUAAAAAAAAGCUUGCUCACGUCUGGUGUAGACGCGGUG